AUGGCUGUUACUGUUGAGGCAGAUAAGAAUAAUGGAGAUUUGGUCCGCGGCGGGUUCCAGCCGCGCCUUCCGACUUCGCUGCCGCCCCCAGGGCAGCAGCAGCAGCCGUCGCCGCUACCACGCCGACAGCCCGUCCCGUUGAUGCCUCCCGCGCAGCUUCAUCCGGGAGGGCCCCCGGUGGUCGCUCCGGCGCCUGCGGUCCCUCUUCACUCGCCACCGCCUUCGGAGCUGAUGGACGUCGACCCCUCAGCCGGGCCGCCUUCCCAAGCGGUGGCUGUGCAGCCUGUCCUGCAGCCGCUUUCCUUGGGCACCCCCAAGGAGUCUGACCCCGCAGCGCCUUGUCCGGCGCCCACUCAGCAGCCGUCGACGCAGCGUCAGGAGACGCUGCCUCUCUUCGUGGGUCCCGACGCCUCGUCGCGUCCAGUACCAGAAGCUGCGCCCGUGGUCACAGGCGUGCACCAUGACCUCGGUUUUCAUUCAGGUGAGAAACUUGUUCUGGUGAAGUGCUCUGUACGUCCUCUGGAGGCGCGCUGGAAAGGGUUUCCUUAA